AUGAAUGUUCCUCCUUUCGAGUUGGGUUGGCGAGCUGAUAAGAGUGAGUGCUGUGUUGUGGAAGUGAGAAAGUCAUGGUUUGUGGCCAUAACACUGGAUGACAGCGCUGGUGCUAUACUUGGUAGAUCAGAAACUCAGGAGUGUCUUUUCUUUAAUGCUAAUUGGGAAAAAGACAAAAGCAAUCAGACUGGUGUUGAACCCUGUUAUGGUGACAAAGAUAAACGGCGACAUUGUUUUGCUACCUGGAAGAAUAUUUCUGGUUCCAUUGAAAUAGUGAAACAAGGUUGUUGGCUAGAUGAUAUCAACUGCUAUGACAGGACUGAUUGUGUAGAAAAAAAAGACAGCCCUGAAGUAUAUUUUUGUUGCUGUGAGGGCAAUAUGUGUAAUGAAAAAUUUUUUUAUUUUCCGGAGAUGGAAGUCACACAGCCCACUUCAAAUCCAGUUACACCUAAGCCACCCUAUUACAACAUCCUGCUCUAUUCCUUGGUGCCACUUAUGUUAAUUGCGGGGAUUGUCAUUUGUGCGUUUUGGGUGUACAGGCAUCACAAGAUGGCCUACCCUCCUGUGCUUGUUCCAACUCAAGACCCAGGACCACCUCCACCUUCUCCAUUACUAGGUUUGAAGCCACUGCAAUUAUUAGAAGUGAAAGCAAGGGGAAGAUUUGGUUGUGUCUGGAAAGCCCAGUUGCUCAAUGAAUAUGUGGCUGUCAAAAUAUUUCCAAUACAGUUUAAAUAUUUUGUUUUUCUAUUUGCAAGGGACAUCAAAAGUAAAAAUGUACUGUUGAAAAACAAUCUGACAGCUUGCAUUGCUGACUUUGGGUUGGCGUUAAAAUUUGAGGCUGGCAAGUCUGCAGGUGAUACCCAUGGACAGGUUGGUACCCGGAGGUAUAUGGCUCCAGAGGUAUUAGAGGGUGCUAUAAACUUCCAAAGGGAUGCAUUUUUGAGGAUAGAUAUGUACGCCAUGGGAUUAGUCCUGUGGGAACUGGCUUCUCGCUGUACUGCUGCAGAUGGACCUGUAGAUGAGUACAUGUUGCCAUUUGAGGAGGAAAUUGGCCAGCAUCCAUCUCUUGAAGACAUGCAGGAAGUUGUUGUGCAUAAAAAAAAGAGGCCCGUUUUAAGGGAUUAUUGGCAGAAACAUGCUGGAAUGGCAAUGCUCUGUGAAACAAUAGAAGAAUGUUGGGAUCACGACGCAGAAGCCAGGUUAUCAGCUGGAUGUGUAGGUGAAAGAAUUACCCAGAUGCAAAGACUAACAAAUAUUAUUACCACAGAGGACAUUGUAACAGUGGUCACAAUGGUGACAAAUGUUGACUUUCCUCCCAAAGAAUCUAGUCUAUGAUGGUUGCACCAUCUGUACACACUAAGAAAUGGGACUCUGAACUGGAGCUGCUAAGCUAACGAAACUGCUUACAGUUUUUUUGCCUGUGUGAAAUGAGUAGGAUGGCUCCUGGAAAUAUAAGAAAGACCUUUGUUGAAAAAUGUGGCUCUGGGAGACUUACUGCAUUGCCUACAGCACAGAUGUGAAGGACACGAGACUGAGAAAAGUUGCAAACUCUAUAAAGAAACUUUUGAAAAAGUACACAUGAAGAAUGUGGCCCUCUCCAAAUCAAGGAUCUUUUGGACCUGGCUAAUGGAGUGUUUGAAAACUGACAUCAGAUUUCUUAAUGUCUGUCAGAAGACACUAAUUCCUUAAAUGAACUACUGCUAUUUUUUUUUAAAAUCAAAAACUUUUCAUUUCAGAUUUUAAAAAGGGUAACUUGUUUUUAUUGCAUUUGCUGUUGUUGUUUCUAUAAAUGACUAUUGU